UGCGUGUAGUUGUUUCACUUCGUUAUUCCCGCUGAUUUUCGUCAACAGGUCAUGUGUAGGUACGUGAAUCAAUGAACAAAUACGAUUUGAGCUUGAGAAAAUAAUAGAAGUAUACAAUACAUUUUCUGUUGGAUUAUUGAAAUUGGAUAAGAAUGGAACCAAUCACUAACAUCGAGAUCAUCGCCCAUAAAGAGACCCGGAAACCUUUACAAAUAUUGCAACCAGCAGCAACUGACAAGAAAAUAUUAGUUGGCGGUGAUAAAGUUUUUAGAUCAACUAAACAGAAACAAUUAAAAGAAAAGACAAAAGGAAAUAUGGCGAAAACAAAAAAAGAUGCUAAAAGCAAAAAAGUAACAACUGAGAACAAAGCUAUCCAGACUGUAAGAGAGGAAGAGUUAAUGAUUGAAUCUGAGGAUUUAACAUCCAUAGCCAAUCCUAGUGAAAACUAUUGGCAACUUUUGGCUGAAAGACGAAGAGUGGCCCUUGCAGAUACUUUAGGAGAAAAUAAAACAUUAAGACAAUGCAUUGAAAAAUUAAAAGAAGAAAAUCGUGAAUAUAAAGAGAUGUUAGAUGAGACAAAAACAUUAAUUGAAGUACUACAGGAGGAGAUUGAAACUAAAGAUGAUAUAAAUAACUUAUUAAAUGACGAUACUCUUUAAGUUAACUCUUUGGAUUUCCUAAUUAAAAGUCAUAACAAGAGAGAGAGAGAAAGAGAAA